AUGUCAGCGGAGCACAGGGAGCUGGUCAUUUGGAUGCUCAGCCAUCCGUCCGCGCUCUUGGAGGAUGCUGAUGAAGAGCAUGGUUUUCCUCCCUUCGGCCUGGAUGUGGUAUUCGACGAUGGCUCUCCCGCAGACUUCGACGAGUUGAUGCUUGCUGAAGCUGUCGCCGCACCUCACGACAUGAUUGAGGAUCUGCCGCAGGACGCCAUGCUCUCGCUGUUGAGUCCCGACUCGGAGUCGGAUCAGGAGGAUGUGCACGCGGAGAUCUUGGCCCAGGCAGUGGCUCCAGAGCACUUUCAUGGAAUACACGACCACAUCGAUAAUCGCACACGGUCUGACGAUGUUCCUGGUGUUCCUCAUGUGGCCCACGACACUGCCGCUGCGAUGCCCCUCAACCUCAUCCUGAGCCAGCUCUUCCAUGCUCUGCGAGCUCUUCUUCUCACGGACCUGACCAAUCUGGGCAAGCUGACGAUAUAUUGCAUGAGGCACUGCCUGCGGAAGCGCCUGCUGGACAUGCAAUACCUUGUCAAGUUGAGGAGACAGACCCCGUGCAUGCUGGGGAAACUGAAGGGCUUGCUGCACUCGCUCACUCUGUCCUGGGACUUCGCGGUCAUGAACCGAUGGAUCGAGCUGAGCUCAUGCAGCAGCUUUUCACUGUUCAACACGCGCUUGCAGCGGGUG